UCAAGGGGGAAUUUGCUCAAAAAAGGUUGAGAAUCAUUAUAGACCAUCUGAAGCGCUAUAAGUCUUGAUGGUGUGCAGAACUUAACUUGGUGAUCAACAGAACCUACAGCUCACCCUUAUGACUUCCAGAUACUGCUUGGAGACAUGCUCCGACAGCUCAGGCCGCGGCACUAAUGUACAAGAGAGCUCUUCUCCGAAGCAAAGAGGCGGAGUCUCCACUGCGCCCUCUACUGGACACAAGUAACAAAGUCAGCCAAAGCCGGGACAUUCUCGGCUUUUAUAAAAGCCCGGAGGUGGACUGGGCCCGCCCACUGCACUGCAGCUUGGCGGGUGAUCCAGCUGUCGGGAUCGGGGUGCAGAGGCACUUUUUAAAUUUAGCUGUGGAGAAACUGCAGCAAGGGUUCCACGUUCACAGUGACAUGACCAACGUCACCUUGCUGUUUGAAGGGGAGGAUGACCACCUCCUGCCUUCCACUUCUGAGUCUAUAAUAGACAUUGAUCUAUUCAUUGUCGCGGGGAGGAUCAUAGGACAUUCGUUCCUACAUGGUGGCCCACCACUGUAUGGCCUAAGUGAGGCCGUUGUUCAGAUGGUCGUGCAGGGGACCGCAGACAUGUCUUCAAUGACCGUGCGUGACGUUGCUGACUUUGAUUUGAGGGGCACGAUCAAAAUGUUGGAUGGAGAGGCUGAAUUGACCGGCGCUGAGGUGGACCAGAUCAACCAACUGGCCCUUUCCUGGGAUCUUCCGCCGCUGUCCUCAGGGAACCGACAAUACUUGUAUCAGAAGCUAUUAAAACAUGCGGUGCUAGUGAGACGUUCCAGGCAGGUUAAACAAAUCCGGAAGGGCUUGAAGGAGACCAAUGUGCUACCUAUGCUAAAGGAGAGGCCAGACACAGCUGAGGUGUUGUUCCCCAGGGCCGCUAGUGUUCUGGACUGUCUUACCCUAAGUAUUUUGUAUGUUAAGUGA